AUGGAUCAAACCCACACAAAAGCCUCAGAGGCUCUCCAACCAUUCAUCCACCUGGCCAGCUCCAACAGUGCAAGUUCACCUCGCUUCGUCGCCAAUCUUAUCACAAAUGCCACCUCAAGCCCGCAUACCUACGUCUUUGCCGAGCUGCUGGAGCUGCCGACAGUCCAAGCAUUACGCUCACCAGAUACCCCAGCAGAGUUCAAGGGCUAUCUGAAGCUACUAGAGAUCUUCGCAUGGGGAACAUGGCAAGAAUAUCAAGCAACCCCCUCUCUCCCAACCCUAAACACCGAACAAACCCUCAAACUUCGCCUCCUCUCCCUCCUAACCCUCUCAACGACAAUCAAACCCCUCACCUAUAACGCCCUGAUGACCGCCCUCAGCACGCCAACGAAAGCCGAGCUCGAAUCCCUCGUGACAACAGCCAUCUACGCCUCCCUGAUAACCGCCCGUCUCUCCCCAGCAUCCAACCCCCCUCCGUGA